AUGGUUCGCGUCCGGAGCUUUAUCGCUCCAGCGAUCCUAUGUGCCCCAGUUCUCGCCACGCAGGCCGAUAUUGGCUGGAGUCUUGGGAUUGUUACCAGCGAUGUCACCUUGGCCACUGACAAUGUUGGAGGCGAGACACGAUUGUACAUCGAUGCGCCUAUCAAUAUUACUCGACUCCAGGCCAAGGCCGAAACUGCCACCUUGAAUCUCUACACUUCUCCAUACCUGUCGCAGAAUGAGACGAAUGCCCAGGCCCAAGAUCCAGGCCCAGCCCUUGUCUACACAACGACAACUCAACCUCCCAUGUCACAUAAGGAGUUCAUUCAACCCGUCUCCCUCAACAUACCAGCCACCCCUUCGCAGGACCUGCUCCUCCUGGUCGACAUUGUUGAUAGUGAAUCCAAUCUCUACACAGCCCAAAGAACCGGCAUUAUUAUUGUUUACAACGCCACGAUGCAGCAAUGGCUGGCUUGGAACACUGGAAAAUAUGCAAAGGAUCUCAACUCUGCGCUGAUCCAGAAGCUAAGCGCCUUUGAUCCUAAUGGACAGGACGAGACUGCACCAUACGUUCCUGAGGAAAGCUACGUGGCAUAUCAACCAGUUGAUAAACUUAUCCCUAAAGACGGCAUUCUCCCCGCAGCAUCAUCGACUACUAUCCCUAUGGACCAGCCUGCGACAUCAAUUACACUCGUCCCGACUUACGAGCCAUCAGCCACUGACCCAGCACCGUCGGGAUGCAAGUGCGACCCAGUGACUGUAUACAGCACAGUCACUGUUUAUGCAGACUCACCAGGACCGUCGGCUCCUCCCGACAAGAAGCACGAAGCCCGAAACCGUAAACCUAGGGAUGACCAAUCAAUCAUGCCCGCUUUCGUGAGCGCAAGAGUGACCUACAUGGACCGCAACGGCAAAGAGCAACCAGUACGUUUUUUGAGGGUCACCGCACAUGCCGAUCUCUAUAGAGGCGAUGACAAGAUUGGUACCUGGCAAUCAAUAGAGACAUUGAACGAGAAUGGAGAAGCUCUCUUCCAGUUCAGCGUUUCUCCCGGCCAGAGGAUCGUUGCGCAUACCUUGUACACCGAGCUCAAGGGUGAUCAUUACCUCGUUGGAACUCGAAACAGUAAUUCGGACGACUUUCUGGUGACUCGAGUGCAGUUGGACCUGUCAUUGAACCCAUGGAUGGUCGUGGCUGGAGAGACAAUAUCUGCCACCAACAGCCAUGGGUUCAGCGAGUAUACCAAAGGACUCUGGGUAGCCGACACCUUCCACACGAUUACCGAAUUCUUCAGCACCAAGGUGGCCACAUCAGAGGGUGAGAUGGAAAGAGUCAAUGUGUGGUAUCCGUCAGCCGAAUCGGGCACCUUUUUCUCCGUCAGUAGCAAGGGGCCUUUCAUCAAUCUUCCGGCAAUCGAGGCUCAGAACCCCGCCGUUAUGGCACACGAAUAUGGCCAUUUUGCGCACUAUCUAGCUCGAAGCAAGGAAUUUUUCGAUGGAGGUGGUAACCACAGCUUCUGCUUCAACACGGAUGUGAAGAAGGGAACAAGUUUCUCCGAGGGCUACGCCACUGCCCUCGGUCUCAUGUCAAUUGACAAUACACAUCUAACGGAGGGAGAGUAUAUGCUCUACACCGACAAGGGAAUUACCAGCGUAUUUUCGAAAUCUCUGGAAGAGUUCAGCUGCUUUGAGAAGAACAUGAACAACCAAGAAGGACGCAUUGCAGCGGCUCUCAUCGACCUCGUCGACCGACAACUCGAUACAAUCCUUCCAGCGAGAGAUGAUCUGGGUUUUAUGGGACCUGAUUUUGAUCCAGCCAUGCUCAAUUGGUGUUUCACUCCUCGUCUGGUCUUUUGGCGUGCCAUGUAUGAGAAUCCAGCAACAAUGCUGGACUACUGGUAUGUUGAGGCGCGCAAAUUGCAGGUCAUUUUAACAGGCGACGCUGAAGAUAUUGCCUGGGCGAUCCUGAAGUAUAAUUAUGCUGAUUUCCCACGCGACCCAUAG